AUGACCAUAUGGGCAUUUUGGUCAUUUCUCCUUGUCUCUUCCACUCACGUUCCAUGCUUCUUCGGAUCAGUCGCUCACUUCUCCAACGAAACCGAUCACCUUGCUGUGCUCCACUUUAAAGAUCUGAUAACCAACGGUCCUCUCCAUUCCUUGAGCUCAUGGCACCAUACUCUCCACUUCUGUCGCUGGCAAGGAGUCACAUGCGGUGGUCGCCGCCAUCCUCAAAGGGUCACUGCCUUGAUCCUCACAAACAAGAACUUGGUGGGCCCCAUUUCUCCCUUCAUAGGGAACCUCACCUUCCUCAAGAGAAUCGAUCUCUCAAACAACUUCUUCAGCGGACCGAUUCCUGAACAGAUGGGCCAAUUGUUCCGCUUGCGGUUUCUCGUUCUGUAUAAUAACACACUCACCGGAGAAAUUCCUACAAAUCUGACCCACUGUUCGAAACUCGAAGUUCUUUAUCUUUUCCAGAAUCGGUUGUUAGGGAGGAUUCCAACUGAGAUUGGCUCUCUAUCGAAACUCACUGAAUUGGAUCUUGGUGAGAACAGUCUUACAGGAAGCAUCCCACUUUCACUUGGAAACCUUUCGUCUCUCUCUUUCCUUUAUCUCACAAGAAACAGUCUGGAUGGCAGCAUACCAGAUGACUUUGGUCGGUUGGCAAGCUUAGAGGAGUUUGACAUUGCUCUAAAUGAACUGUCAGGUAAGAUUCCACCCCAGCUAUACAAUCUCUCCUCUAUUAAGUUUUUGGACGUGGGAUUUAACAGAUUGCACGGAAACCUUCCUCCUAACUUAGGCCUCACUCUUCCUAAUCUUCAAGAGCUUUACACUGGAACAAACCAAUUCACAGGACCCAUACCAAUUUCAUUAUCCAAUGCUUCAGGACUCGUAAGUAUUGACCUUAGUAACAAUAGCUUUAGCGGAUCUGUACCUACGAAUUUUGGAAGCCUCAAGGGUCUGUCCAGGUUACGUUUGUGGGGUAAUAAACUUGGAAUUGGAAAAUCUCAUGACUUGAUUUUUCUCGAUUCUUUGACCAAUUGCAGUAGCUUACGAAAGCUGCAGGUACGCAGGAAUCAUCUCAGCGGUGCGUUGCCCGACUCCAUGUCUAAUAUUUCGACCCAACUGACUUCGCUAACUUUGGGAGAUAACAAGAUAUUCGGAAGCAUCCCAUCUGGGAUUCAGAAUCUUGUCGACUUAACAGUACUGGAUAUGGGGAAUAACUUUUUAACAGGUACUAUUCCCAUUGGUAUUGGGAAGCUUAGCCAGGCAAGAAAGCUUUGGUUUGAAGCAAAUGAAUUAUCAGGGCAAAUUCCGUCUUCCUUGGGCAACAUCUCCCAAUUGUUGGUACUCAGUUUAUAUGAAAACAAUCUAUCAGGGAUCAUACCUUCAACUCUUGGUAAUUGCAUAAACCUGCUAGCCAUUUACCUCUACAGUAAUAAGUUCAACGGUAGCUUACCCAAACAACUUUUCUUCUUUCCAUCUUUGAUUGAACUUUCCAUUGGAAAUAACUCUUUUACCGAUAGUUUGCCAGUCGAAGUUGGUUACUUGAAAACUCUCUCUGCAUUGAGUGUUUCAAAUAACAAACUGUCAGGAGAAAUUCCAAGCUCGCUAGGCAAUUGUCUCAGCCUAGAGUAUCUCUUAUUGGAUGGAAACUUCUUUCAAGAAUCAAUUCCUCCAACAUUUAGUACUCUAAAAGGCCUUCGAUCCCUGGAUCUUUCAGGCAACAACCUUUCUGGGGAGAUUCCAAAAUAUCUGGAGAAGCUUGCUCUAGAGUCUCUAAAUCUUUCCUUCAAUAAUUUCAAGGGUGAGGUACCAAAACAAGGGGUCUUUGGAAAUGCCAGUCAAGUUUCAGUGCUUGGAAAUAAUAAGCUUUGUGGGGGUAUUCCAGAAUUAAAUUUGCCUCAAUGCUCUAGCCAAGCUUCCAAGAAACGGAGAAAGUAUCUUGCAUCAAAAGUAAAAAUCUCAGUUGUUGUUGUUGUCCUGUGCCUUAUGUUAGUAUCAUGUAUCUUUGCCAAUUGGGUAAGAAAGUCAAGAAGGAAACCUGCUGAUGUGCCUUCUGCGGAGGAUCCUUUCGUCACCAUGUCUUAUGCAGAACUCUUUAAAGCAACAGAUGGCUUCUCUUCUGCCAAUUUGAUCGGCACCGGAAGUUUUGGCACUGUAUAUAAAGGGGCUCUAGAUCGUGAUGGAACUAUGGUAGCAGUGAAAGUCUUCAAUCUUCAACAACCAGGAGCUCUGAGGAGCUUCAUGGCUGAAUGCGAAGCCUUGAAAAACAUUAGGCAUCGGAAUCUUGUUAAGAUCUUAACUUGCUGUAGAUGGCGAUGACCAGCUUGGAAGGAAUUUGAAGUUUACUCAAAUGCUAAACAUAGCUAUUGAUGUGGCUUCUGCACUGGAUUAUCUGCAUAAUCAUUGCCAAACGCCAAUCAUUCAUCGAGAUUUAAAGCCAAGCAAUAUUCUUCUCGAUGAUGACAUGAUUGCUUGUGUGGGUGAUUUCGGGCUAGCCAAGUUCUUACCUGAGGUUGCUCAAACUAGCUCGGUUGGAAUCAAGGGAUCUGUUGGAUACAUCGCUCCAGAAUAUGCGAUGGGCAGUAAAGCAUCUACACAAGGAGAUGUUUACAGUUAUGGAAUCCUUCUAUUGGAGAUGAUCACUGGAAAGGGGCCAACUGAUGGCAUGUUUAUGGAUAAUCUAAGCCUUCAUCAUUUUGCUAAGUUGGCUUUGCCUGAACGAGUAAUGGAGAUUGUUGAGCCACAACUACUUAUAGAAGACACUGAAGUUACUCAAGGCAAUGGAAAUCAUAUCAAUACAAGAAAUAGAAUGCAUGAAUGCUUGAUUUUAAUGGUCAGAAUCGGUGUGUUGUGCUCUUCAGAGUCUCCAAGAGAACGAAUGUGCAUGAAAGAUGUGGCUUCAAAAAUGCAUGCAAUCAAGAACCGGUAUCUCGGGGUCAGGAUUCACAGAGACAUACAAGUUAGAUCACAAAUGUUAGAUGGAGAUUUGUCUUACCUCAGUCAUUACUAAGUUAUUAUCGGUAGUUAUGUUGAGAAAUAUUUUCAAACAAAGUUAUUUUGUUGAAUACAUUUCUAAACAAGCUCUGGAUAUAUUUAGUCUUGGGUUAAGAGUGUACUUGUAUUCAUAUUGGAUAUAUCAAAAGAUGUGUUUCUUUUACUUUAUUUUAUAUUAUGCUAGACAAUGAAUUUAAUAUGAAAAAGACAUUAUCAUAUUAUAAUAAGAAGAAUAUUGGGUUAGUAAGA